AUGGCCUCGACAGCCACUCACAGUCGCUGCUUCUGCGGUCAAUUCACAUCUGGCAAAGAUAGUCUUUACUGCUCCCCCGACUGCGCCCACCAAGACGCCCUCGACUCACUCACCCUUGGAGUAGCGCAUCCGUCCUCCUCCACUUUUGCACCACUCCCGACCCUUCCAAAGGGCUUUUUUUCAGACCUUCCGGGGAAACAUGCCAAACCGCUCUCUGCCUUCGACGACGAUGAUGCACUGUACGCUGUCGGCUUAGCCAGCCCUGAUAUUGGUCCCUUUAGUUCAUCAAAAAGACCAAUUCCGCAUCCUCGCACCCAAAAAGCAGCAAAAUCGAGCUCGGGAGACCCAGCCCGGAGCUCCCCCCGCCGACAAAGACGGUCGACUAGCUACAAGAUAAAGGGCGAGAGGCACGCUAGUACAAACGGUCCACCGUCCGUUCCGCGCUCCAUUACAACCUCUGUUGCCUCGUCGACGCGCGAUGAUCGCGGCUCGCGACUGGAAUGGAAGAGCCAUUACCAGCAAGUUCAGGCCAAACGGAGGUCAAAGGGACAUGCAACAUUGGCGUCGGACGAUAUUCCCGUUUUUCUUGUCCAGCUUCUCAAGGAUGUCGAGGAGAUGCGGGUCAGGGAAGAGGCUGCCGAAAAGGAAACCCGCAAGCAAAUUUGCGAUUCGACAAACGGUCUUGUCAAACCGCCGACUAUCAAUUACCGGCUGGGGAGCUUUGGUCCCGUUCCGGAGGGCUCUCUCCCUUCCGGUAUGCUCGACUCGUGCAUGCCAACUCCACGGGCCAUAGUCGAGGUACCUACUCAGGAUUCACCCAUCGAACAUCAAUAUCCACCAGGAGAGUUUACCUAUCCGGCUGUCCAACGCCACAUGGACCGCUGCAAUUCAGUGUCCUCGCAAACCUCUGGGUCUCUCAUGACUUCAGCUGCACCCGACUCGGAUGCGCGUUCGCGUAGUAGUUGGAUUAGCCGUACUACGGGCUCCUCUCAGGCCGAUGACUCCCCUGUCAAAGCCGCAUAUCCUGAUCAUCCUGCCAGAACAGGCGAAGUCUCGUUGCGCGAUGAAUCGUCGGUUCCAGCAAAGAGGUGCAAGUACGGCUCGGCGUUUGGCGUGCAUGGAGCGGAUGCGGAAGAGAGGGUGGCUCCAAUGACUAUCACAGUGGAGAGCAAACAAGACGUCCCGCCGACCGCAAAACUGGCUGACCCUGAGCCAUUGCAAAAUGUCUCCAUUCCUCUGCAAAAUGUCGCCGCUCAACAGCCAGCGCCACCUUUGUCAUCAACUCCCGCAUUCAAACUGUCUUCGACCAUGGAAGAAAGUCAGAUCUUCCAUCGGAGACUCGAAUCGAGAUCAAAGUCGCGGUUGAGAGACGAUUCACAGCCCGCGCCCGAGGAACAAACGGUGGUGGAACCCGUGUCGAGCACAAACGAGGUCGAGAAAGCUCAAGAAGCUCCUGAACCUCCCCGACCAAGUGUACAAGAGGAUGCGAGACCAUCGUAUCUUGCCCCUCCAGCAAAGAGAGAACGUGCCACCUCUGGAGUGCAAGUGAGCGCUGCGCAAUCAGCCUCUCGACAAACUUCGUCGUUUGUCACUCCGCCACGGAAAAAGAGCGCACCAGCUUCCUUGUUGCGGACACAGUGGCCUCAGUUUGGUCUGUCUAUGAUGCCGCCGCCUCGACCGUCGAUGGAAUCGACCAGUUCGGCCACCUCGGGAGAGUCUCUGCAGGACGUGUCCAGUUCAUCUCCUGCGGACUAUCCGACUCGCCAUUUGCCUGGCACCGUUGUGCGCAAGACCACCAUGGCCUCAAAGGCACGCCUCCCAAUCGGCGGUACCGUUGCCACCACAGCAUCACGGCCGGCAGUGACGAUGCUCUCAGCUAGCAACGUUGCCUCGCUCCUCGCUAGACCAGUAUCUCCGUUACACAAUGCGGCACCCGCUAGACCAAAGACGCCCUCUCAGAAAGCAAAAUUGUCUCAAGGUGUCGAAAAACACGUAGAUGCAGCUGCGGUGGAAGAAGGCGGUUCGAUCGUUGACCAAUGGCGCUGCCCCUUGAUCCGCGCACCGGUCCCUACUCGUUCGUUUGGGCCCCAGAACCCCAGUGUUACUGCCUCGGCCGCGUUUAGCUUGUCCUUGCAAGCAAACGCAUUUUCAUCCCUUGGUUCAGCACUUGGAUCUAGCAAUACCUAUCGUCCUCCAGCGUACGCUAUGAGCCCCCCAAAGAUUCAUCAAUCUUUACGUACGCUUCAUACGAGCGCGAGCACGUCGUCGCUUCGCUCGAGUCGCGCCAAGGCCCCCGAGGAAAUGGCCAAUCGACACAAGCGCGUCCCGAGUAGUGGAGACGAGACGAUGGAUGAACAGCGCUCCGAAGCGGGUAGCUUCAAGGCCCCAGAGUAUCGUAAACCGGUAGUACCGUCAGCGGAUGGGGAAGUGGUGAACGUGGUUCCAUCUUCGGAGCCGCUGGUCGCAUCAUCGAUGGAAGGGUCAGAAAGAAAGGGCGUUAUGACCGUGCGCCAGAGUGCUCUGGCUACCAGUACGAGGACAGGCGCUUCUUCCCAACUACACAGCGCUCUAAAGUCGCGUACUCCAUACAUGGGAUCGGGCUCGGACGUCCAGUCUUCAGCUGGUUCAGAUUGCUUGUCCCAGGCCGACUCAGAGUCGGUGUAUUCGGAAUCAUCAUCUCGAGUUCAAGGUUCUACUCGGGAACUUGCUCUUUCCGCCAAGACACGCGAACGGCUCGAAGCUGCUCGACAGCGCGUCGCCGAGAUUCGUCAGGCGAGAGAGAAUGGCACGUCUCCUUCACGAGAGAGUGCGCUCGGCCGUCGUGCACCCUCAAGACCUAGUCCGCUGAACAGCCCGCUCUCUGCCAAAGCAAGUCUUCCCAACACCCCGUCGUCGUCGAUUGAGCCUGCGACCCCCCGUGUGGCCUCACCUUCCAUGAGCAGCGAUCGCAGCCUCAGUCCGUGUACUUCCGAGGCACCGUCCACUCCUCGCGAUGGAGAGCGUAUGUUACACAUUACCUCUCCGAGUGCCAACCUCGUGUCGCUCGUCCACACUAUGGGUCACGUCCCGAGCAUCUUGAUCUCCCCUAGCAACGGUGAUACCACGGAUGCCGAAAAGGUGCCCCUAUUGACCCGCACGACACGGCUGGGUAGCGAUGCCUCGAACGCGAGUACCACCGACGUUUCCUCGUGUGGAACCGAUCACUCUUUCACAGAGGGACACUCGGUCAUGUGCACUGCGGAGAAGGUGAUGCUUAGCACGUCUACUCCGUCGACGGCUGUACGAACAACAUUUGCUUGGGACACUAUGCCCCAAUAA